GAAGAAGAAGCAGCAGAAGCAGAAGAAGAAGCAGAAGAAGAAGAAGAAGCAGAAGAAGAAGAAGAAGAAGCAGAAGAAGAAGAAGAAGAAGAAGAAGAAGAAGACUUUAUAAAGUUCAGGAAAUCGUUAUUGUUUCACUGUGAUUACUGCUGAGUUCAGUCUGGUGUGAAUCCUACAUUUUUAAAUUCUCAUGAGGUGUCUGGUGAGCUUCACCGCGUGUACUUCCGGAUAUCUAGAAGACCUGUCUUAAACAUAUUAAUGUACAUAUUUCUGUGUAGAAGGUUAAAGUAACUGAACAAAACCCAGCUUUACACUGUAAACUUCAUUCUCUGUGUGAGCGGACACUGAUAGUAGAUGGAGAGGCAUAUGAAGCUGAAGAGCUGACAGCAUCUAUAUGGCUUCUUCACAUCAAUCUGCCAGAGAGUAUAUUAGAGAUGCUUGUGAAAACCUGCUGGGACGGCUACAAAACCUUCCUCUUAUUGUUGAAAAACUUCACCAGCAGAAUGUUUUAAAUGGUAAUGAAGUUGGUGACCUUGAGGAUGAACCUGUAAAUUGCAGAAAAACCAGGAAGAUACUGGACUGGGUCAUAAACAAGGGUGAGGAGGCCUGCUAUAAAUUUCUCAGAAUACUGGAUCGUGAGAGGAAAUCAGUCUUGCCAAAGCUGGAUUCGUCUAGCCUGACUCCUGAUCUACAUACGUGGAUCUGCUUGUUCUCCUUUAGAGAUGAGCCUGAAGAUGAUUAUACUCAAGGACCCAGCUCAUGUCAUCAGCUGCAGAAGAUUUUGAAGACAAGAACAAAAGAAAGUCUAGGUGAACAGUGGAGGCAGAGCCAGCAGUUCUAUGGAGGAAAAGUACAAGAGAACUUCACCUUUAUUCCUUUGGUGUUGGAUACAGACACAGAAAAGAAUACACCCCAUAACAAAAUCAUACUUAAGAGCAAGAAAUCUAAAAAAUCCCGUUCAAAAAAGUUGAGGGCCUACAUACCAAGAGACACACAGAGAAAAUCCCCUGAAGAUUUACUUAAUAGCGAGGAGAAAAGUAUCCUAAUAGUAGGAAAACCUGGAAUUGGGAAGACAACAGUUGUUCAACAAAUGUUGCAUCACUGGGCAGAGAGACAUGACCCAAACCUUGACUUCAUGUUUUACUUUGAUGAAAACACACUGUCAAAUACCUCAACUACAGUUAGCUUAGAGCAUCUUCUGCUUAGCAAAGUUUUAAUGUCAAAUCCACAGCUUAAAGACAAUGCUGAAGAAAUUUUGCACUAUCUUCAAGAAUAUUCCGAAAGAGUCACCAUUGUUUUUGAUGGAAUCAGAGAUUUUCCAGACAAUGCGUUUUUUCUGGGAAUCAUACAACAUGACCUUCUGCCUGAAGCAAAGGUUGUGGCCACAUGCAGGCCUGAAGUAGAGUACAAGUUCUCUGACUGGACAACAUGUAAAGUCUAUGUUCAAGGAUUCAGUGAAGAGUCAAUUUAUGAUUUUUUUAGGAAAAUGUCAGGUAAUGAUCCAGAGAUGGUAGACAGUGUGAUAAACAAUCCUGCACUCUUCAGUCUCUGCCAUGUCCCUAUGUAUGCUUUUAUGGUGGCAGCCUGCAUUUUAAAUGACACUUCUGAAAAAGCACAGAAACAGUGCACAGCUAGUGAGCUGUAUGUACAAAUUUUUUGUGACUGUCUACAGAGACACGGAAAAAAGAAAUUGCUGCACUUAGAUGGACACAUUAAAAACUGCAGAGACAAGGUCUUAUCUUUAGCAGAGAGUGCUUUCAAUGCAACCAAGUUAAAAACUAUCAUCCUGGAGUUUGAUUAUUAUGAGAAAGACAUUGCUGGUGCUUUCUUGAAGACAGUUUCAGUCAUGUCACCAGCACGUGCCAAGACAUUUUGUGCAUUUCCUCACAACACAAUGCAGGAAUUUUUUUCUGCUCUGUGGCUUCUAGAAAAAACAGAAAUAGUUGAUGAGCUUCUCCAUCUGUGCCAGAAUGAAGACAGUAAGCACAUGAAACAUGUAAUUCCUUUCCUCUGUGGGCUUCAGUCACACACCAACAUUGAUCAUCUGAAGUGUCUCUUUCCAUUGAACAAGGUCAUGGAAAAUAUUGAUAGCUUCUUUGAGAAGGUCUUAAACACUUUCCUCUGUGAUCAACCAGAUGAUGAAAAAGUUGACGUUGCCUUCAUAUGUCAGUGUCUAUACGAAUAUCAGUCUCCUGAAACCUGCUGCUCAUUUCUAGAGAGAAUAAACUAUUAUCUAGAUUUGAGUGAGGAACAUUUGGACCCUUACACAUGCUGUGCUGUGUCCUAUGUAAUCAGCCAAUCCAGAAACAAACGGGUUCAUCUUGAUUUGGAGAACAGUGCUGUGUCACUCUCAGGGCUGAAGACAGUUCUCGACCAUUCUCAAUAUCUAAGGGAUUUAUCAGCAACACUAUGUCAGGUGUGGACAAUCACGUUGAAGUGUGAGGAGCUGAAUUAUCUGAUACAUCUCCUGCAAUUAUGUGGAAAUGAGAUCCACAUCCCAGUGAGCAGUCAGACAGAUGUGCUUAGGCAAGCUGGAAAAAUUAUAACCCAGUAUGCAGAGCAAACAAAUCUCCAUCUACACUGUGAUAAAGACUCACGACAGUUCUCGGAUCUUCUCUGUAGCACGGUGUUCACAUGGCUGCCACACAUCAGCUCUCUCCAGUUUGACUCUAAACAGGGAGAGAAAGAACGAGAAGAGAGAUGUAGAACAUUUCUACUGGAUUUGUGUCUGCAAGCAGCUCUACACCAACCACAUAACAUCCAGGAGACAGUGGAGAAAAUGAUGACAAUUUAUUAUAAAGAACAGAGUGAUUUCCUGCUGGAUCUGUACUCACGUGUGAAGCAGUAUGAGAGUGAAACAGGCAGGAGAGUCCUUCCAGCAUUGCUGCCAGUUUACCAGUCAGGUCCUGCAGUCUGGUACAUAAACCUCUCAGAGAGAAAAGUCUCCCUCCUCCUAGAAGUGCUGAAACUCCAAACAGAGAAGAAACCAGUGGUGCUGAGAGACUGCUCAGAUGAAGAGAGUGAAGUGAGGAGUUUCCUUCAGUGUCUGCCCUACAUCUCACACCUCAGGUUUAAACGGUUUUAUUCAGACUCUGAAUCCACUGCAUCCAUCCAGUUUUUACUGAAUCUGAGCAUCGCAGCAGUCGACUGUAAAUCAGACAAAGGAGAGAGUUUUACUGAGCUUCUGGCAUCAGUGUGCAGCUACAACACAUUCCCUUUUGGUGAAGAGUUUCAUGGAUUCCAAGAAGAACAGAGUGAUUUCCUGCUGGAUCUGUACUCACGUGUGAAGCUGUAUAAGAGUAAAACAGGCAGGAGAGUCCUUCCAGCAUUGCUGCCAGUUUACCAGUCAGUUCCUGCAGUCUGGUCCAUAAACCUCUCAGAGAGAAAAGUCUCCCUCCUCCUAGAAGUGCUGAAACUCCAAACAGAGAAGAAACCAGUGGUGCUGAGAGACUGGUCAGAUGAAAAGAGUGAAGUGAGGAGUUUCCUUCAGUGUCUGCCCUACAUCUCACACCUCAGGUUUGACUCUAAACAGGGAGAGAAAGAACGAGAAGAGAGAUGUAGAACAUUUCUACUGGAUUUGUGUCUGCAAGCAGCUCUACACCAACCACAUAACAUCCAGGAGACAGUGGAGAAAGUGAUGACAUUUUAUUAUAAAGAACAGAGUGAUUUCCUGCUGGAUCUGUACUCACGUGUGAAGCAGUAUGAGAGUGAAACAGGCAGGAGAGUCCUUCCAGCAUUGCUGCCAGUUUACCAGUCAGGUCCUGCAGUCUGGUACAUAAAGCUCUCAGAGAGAAGAGUCUCCCUCCUCCUAGAAGUGCUGAAACUCCAAACAGAGAAGAAACCAGUGGAGCUGAGAGACUGCUCAGAUGAAGAGAGUGAAGUGAGGAGUUUCCUUCAGUGUCUGCCCUACAUCUCACACCUCAGGUUUAAACGGUUUGACUCUAAACAGGGAGAGAAAGAACGAGAAGAGAGAUGUAGAACAUUUCUACUGGAUUUGUGUCUGCAAGCAGCUCUACACCAACCACAUAACAUCCAGGAGACAGUGAAGAAAGUGAUGACAAUUUAUUAUUAUUAUUAUGAACAGAGUGAUUUCCUGCUGGAUCUGUACUCACGUGUGAAGCAGUAUGAGAGUAAAACAGGCAGGAGAGUCCUUCCAGCAUUGCUGCCAGUUUACCAGUCAGUUCCUGCAGUCUGGUCCAUAAACCUCUCAGAGAGAAAAGUCUCCCUCCUCCUAGAAGUGCUGAAACUCCAAACAGAGAAGAAACCAGUGGAGCUGAGAGACUGCUCAGAUGAAGAGAGUGAAGUGAGGAGUUUCCUUCAGUGUCUGCCCUACAUCUCACACCUCAGGUUUAAUGAGUUUGAACAGGGAGAGAAAGAACGAGAAGAGAGAUGUAGAACAUUUCUACUGGAUGUGUGUCUGCAAGCAGCUCUACACCAACCACAUAACAUCCAGGAGACAGUGGAGAAAGUGAUGACAAUUUAUUAUUAUGAACAGAGUGAUUUCCUGCUGGAUCUGUACUCACGUGUGAAGCAGUAUGAGAGUGAAACAGGCAGGAGAGUCCUUCCAGCAUUGCUGCCAGUUUACCAGUCAGUUCCUGCAGUCUGGUCCAUAAAGCUCUCAGAGAGAAAAGUCUCCCUCCUCCUAGAAGUGCUGAAACUCCAAACAGAGAAGAAACCAGUGGAGCUGAGAGACUGCUCAGAUGAAGAGAGUGAAGUGAGGAGUUUCCUUCAGUGUCUGCCCUACAUCUCACACCUCAGGUUUAAUGAGUUUUAUUCAGACUCUGAAUCCACUGCAUCCAUCCAGUUUUUACUGAAUCUGAGCAUCGCAGCAGUCGACUGUAAAUCUGAUAAAGGAGAGAGUUUUACUGAGCUUCUGGCAUCAGUGUGCAGCUACAACACAUUCCCUUUUGAUGAAGAGUAUGGAUUACAAGAAAGACAGAGUGAUUUCCUGCUGGAUCUGUACUCACGUGUGAAGCAGUAUGAGAGUGAAACAGGCAGGAGAGUCCUUCCAGCAUUGCUGCCAGUUUACCAGUCAGGUCCUGCAGUCUGGUACAUAAACCUCUCAGAGAGAAAAGUCUCCCUCCUCCUAGAAGUGCUGAAACUCCAAACAAAGAAGAAACCAGUGGAGCUGAGAGACUGCUCAGAUGAAGAGAGUGAAGUGAGGAGUUUCCUUCAGUGUCUGCCCUACAUCUCCAAGAUCAGGUUUAAACGGUUUUAUUCAGACUCUGAAUCCACUGCAUCCAUCCAGUUUUUACUGAAUCUGAGCAUCGCAGCAGUCGACUGUAAAUCAGAUAAAGGAGAGAGUUUUACUGAGCUUCUGGCAUCAGCGUGCAGCUACAACACAUUCCCUUUUGGUGAAGAGUAUGGAUUCCAAGAAGAACAGAGUGAUUUCCUGCUGGAUCUGUACUCACGUGUGAAGCAGUAUGAGAGUGAAACAGGCAGGAGAGUCCUUCCAGCAUUGCUGCCAGUUUACCAGUCAGUUCCUGCAGUCUGGUCCAUAAACCUCUCAAAGAGAAAAGUCUCCCUCCUCCUAGAAGUGCUGAAACUCCAAACAAAGAAGAAACCAGUGGAGCUGAGAGACUGCUCAGAUGAAGAGAGUGAAGUGAGGAGUUUCCUUCAGUGUCUGCCCUACAUCUCCAAGAUCAGGUUUAAACGGUUUGACUCUAAACAUGGAGAGAAAGAACGAGAAGAGAGAUGUAGAACAUUUCUACUGGAUUUGUGUCUGCAAGCAGCUCUACACCAACCACAUAACAUCCAGGAGACAGUGGAGAAAGUGAUCACAUUUACUGAAUAUAGAGACUAUUAUUAUUAUUAUGACAUACAGAGUGAUUUCCUGCUGGAUCUGUACUCACGUGUGAAGCAGUAUGAGAGUGAAACAGGCAGGAGAGUCCUUCCAGCAUUGCUGCCAGUUUACCAGUCAGUUCCUGCAGUCUGGUCCAUAAAGCUCUCAGAGAGAAAAGUCUCCCUCCUCCUAGAAGUGCUGAAACUCCAAACAAAGAAGAAACCAGUGGUGCUGAGAGACUGCUCAGAUGAAGAGAGUGAAGUGAGGAGUUUCCUUCAGUGUCUGCCCUACAUCUCACACCUCAGGUUUAAACGGUUUGACUCUAAACAGGGAGAGAAAGAACGAGAAGAGAGAUGUAGAACAUUUCUACUGGAUUUGUGUCUGCAAGCAGCUCUACACCAACCACAUAACAUCCAGGAGACAGUGCAGAAAGUGAUCACAUUUACUGAAUAUAGAGACUAUUAUUAUUAUUAUGACAUACAGAGUGAUUUCCUGCUGGAUCUGUACUCACGUGUGAAGCAGUAUGAGAGUGAAACAGGCAGGAGAGUCCUUCCAGCAUUGCUGCCAGUUUACCAGUCAGUUCCUGCAGUCUGGUCCAUAAACCUCUCAGAGAGAAAAGUCUCCCUCCUCCUAGAAGUGCUGAAACUCCAAACAGAGAAGAAACCAGUGGAGCUGAGAGACUGCUCAGAUGAAGAGAGUGAAGUGAGGAGUUUCCUUCAGUGUCUGCCCUACAUCUCACACCUCAGGUUUAAUGUGUUUGACUCUAAACAGGGAGAGAAAGAACGAGAAGAGAGAUGUAGAACAUUUCUACUGGAUUUGUGUCUGCAAGCAGCUCUACACCAACCACAUAACAUCCAGGAGACAGUGGAGAAAGUGAUGACAAUUUAUUAUUAUGAACAGAGUGAUUUCCUGCUGGAUCUGUACUCACGUGUGAAGCAGUAUGAGAGUGAAACAGGCAGGAGAGUCCUUCCAGCAUUGCUGCCAGUUUACCAGUCAGGUCCUGCAGUCUGGUCCAUAAAGCUCUCAGAGAGAAAAGUCUCCCUCCUCCUAGAAGUGCUGAAACUCCAAACAGAGAAGAAACCAGUGGAGCUGAGAGACUGCUCAGAUGAAGAGAGUGAAGUGAGGAGUUUCCUUCAGUGUCUGCCCUACAUCUCACACCUCAGGUUUAAUGUGUUUGACUCUAUACAGGAAGAGACGGAACAAAAUAAGAGAUGUAGAACAUUUCUACUGGAUUUGUGUCUGCAAGCAGCUCUACACCAACCACAUAACAUCCAGGAGACAGUGGAGAAAGUGAUGAAAGAUAUUGAAGAUGAAGACUGUUAUGAAGAACAGAGUGAUUUCCUGCUGGAUCUGUACUCACGUGUGAAGCAGUAUGAGAGUGAAACAGGCAGGAGUGUCCUUCCAGCAUUGCUGCCAGUUUACCAGUCAUUUAAAUUUACCAGGUUUAAAUGGUUUGACUCUAAACAGGGAGAGAAAGAACGAGAAGAGAGCUGGAGAACAUUUAAACUGGAUUUGUGUCUGCAAGCAGCUCUUCACCAACCACAUAACAUCCAGGAGACAGUGGAGAAAAUGAUGCCAGAUAUUGAAGAUGUUGAAGAUAUUGAAGAUGAAGACAAUUAUUAUGAAGAACAGAGUGAUUUCCUGCUGGAUCUGUACUCACGUGUGAAGCAGUAUGAGAGUGAAACAGGCAGGAGAGUCCUUCCAGCAUUGCUGCCAGUUUACCAGUCAGGUCCUGCAGUCUGGUCCAUAGACCUCUCAGAGAGAAAAGUCUCCCUCCUCCUAGAAGUGCUGAAACUCCAAAAAAAGAAGAAACCAGUGGAGCUGAGAGACUGCUCAGAUGAAGAGAGUGAAGUGAGGAGUUUCCUUCAGUGUCUGCCCUACAUCUCACACCUCAGGUUUAAACGGGUUAUUUCAUCCACCAUCCAGUUCUUACUGAAUCUGAGCAUCGCAGCAGUCGACUGUAAAUCUGAUAAAGGAGAGAGUUUUACUGAGCUUCUGGCAUCAGUGUGCAGCUACAACACAUUCCCUUUUGGUGAAGAGUAUGAUGGAUUCCAAGAAGAACAGAGUGAUUUCCUGCUGGAUCUGUACUCAUGUGUGAAGCAGUAUGAGAGUGAAACAGGCAGGAGAGUCCUUCCAGCAUUGCUGCCAGUUUACCAGUCAGUUCCUGCAGUCUGGUACAUAGACCUCUCAGAGAGAAAAGUCUCCCUCCUCCUAGAAGUGCUGAAACUCCAAACAGAGAAGAAACCAGUGGAGCUGAGAGACUGGUCAGAUGAAGAGAGUGAAGUGAGGAGUUUCCUUCAGUGUCUGCCCUACAUCUCCGAGCUCAGAUGUGGGGAAAAUAUAAUUCCACGUUUAAGUAAAGCAGUUGUUGACUACACAGAAGAUACAGAGUUGGUGAGAGCUUUCUUUGCUGCGAUGGACUUCAUCUUCGUUAUACACUGGGUUUUAACCACUCGUGAGUGCAGGGCUGUGAGGAAAGUGCUAAGUCUCUCAGACUCCAAACUCAAACUCACUCUGAAACCCCGAGCCAUCUCUCUCCGAGGGGCCAGACUUCUCUUCAGACACAUCACACACCUACAGAAACUCUGCCUGAGUGACCGUGUGGUAGGGAGGAUGGUCCGAGCAUUUGGAGCAGUGAGAGCUGGUGGCUCGUUGGUCAUUGAGGAGCUCUGUAUGAGUCUUAACAGCAUAAAGCCAAAGAAAGAGAUCUUCACAUUUCUGAGCAGUUUGUCUUCUCUCCUGAACAUCUGGACUGUUCACUGUGUGAAUCUCACUGAGUGCAGGAUGGAGGCUCACUCUCUCAUCAGCCUCAUGUGUCAUGCUGGGAAUUUAAAGAUCAGAUUAUCGAAAGAGACUCUCCAGCAGUUUACCAGUCUGCUGUGUGAGGUGCAGGAUGGGGAACUGACCCGCUUUUUCCUGGAGAAGGUGGGAGGAGACCUGACUUCCUGUUCUCUCAGUUGGGAGGAGCUUAUCCAUUUUCUCCAGCAGCGAGUUUGCCGCAUUAGUGCGAACAUCAGAAAGAGCAAAAUCACAUAUAAUCACAUCAGACAGAUUCUUCCUCUACUGUCUGAAAUUCAGUUUAAACGAUUGAACCCCAGUGUUGUGCUGUCAAUCAUCAGAGAAAUCUAUGAGACUGGCUCUGCUCACUGUGUGUCCAGUCUGUUGAGUUCAACACACAGCUGUAUCAACCUGAACAAUACAGAGCUGGACUCUUACCACUGUACUGCCCUGUGCUUCACCCUCCAACACUGUACUUCUGUCUCUCUGAGCCUGCUGUGGACCUCCAUACCAGAGGGGGAGCUGGUGAAGAUUCUCCCUCUGUUCAACAGAGUUUCUCAGCUCAGUGUUGACAGGGUCCUGUUGCUGAAGUUGCUCCACUGCUGCAGUAUCUCUGAGCUUCAGCAGGGGGCAGUAGCAGCAGUUUUCUCUGCUCUGCAGAACAGACUGGACUUCUCUUGUAGCACUGGUUUGGAUCUGAGCACAGAAACACAGGAUAACACUCUGCAUCUGACCACUGAGGACUGCAGUGAUAUCAGCACUGCCAUUCAGAAAUCUCUCCAACUUACAGAGCUCAAUCUAAAGGACUGUGAGAUGGAGGACACUGGAGUGGACAUGUUCUUCCUCAUUCUACAUACUGUGAAACUGUGCUGUAGUAAAACUUUGUUGCUCCGGUUCCUGGCUCGUCUCCAGGUGGUGAAUGAGUUAGACUGUGUGAGGCAUGCUAUGUACCUCUCCCAGGCGUUGGAUGGAGAGAUGGACCUCAGUGAGACCCCUCUGGACCUCCCUGCCUGUAGAUCACUAGCGUUGUUUCUGGAAUUUUCUGAAGGUCUGUCAGAACUGGACCUCAGCCACUGCCAACUCGCUGAUCACAGCCUGGAGCUGCUGUUCCCAUACCUGCAUAAAGCAGCUGUCCUGGACCUCAGUCACAAUGGCAUAGACGACUGUUUAGCAGGAAGAAUCUACACAGUUGUUUCCACUAGCAGCAACAUACAGACAGUUCGACUCUUCAACAACAGAAUUACUGAUAUCGAGCCUUUCCGAAAAGACAAGCGUUUCGAGGUCUGGUGAUGAGUGUUGACCAGUGUCCUGUUUUCACAAAUGAAGCAUAGAGUCCCCAUUAUUUUAUCCUUGUUAUUCUAUUAUCUUAAUUCUAUUUUUUCCUAUUAUUUAAUUAUUGAUUCUGCUGUAACUUUUGUGUGUCCAAUUAUUUUAAAAUUUCAUGGCUUGUUAACAUGAUAUGUUAAAUGUCUAUUUUAUUUUUAUGUUAGUAUUUGAAAUUAUGUUUUGGGUUGGGACUGGAAGGAAAGGAAAAGUGUAUGUUAAUAAUAAUUAACCCCCCCAGAAUGUUAAUGGUAUGGAGUUGGGCCAAUACUGGACUCUUAAGUGUUUCUUAAUCUAAUGGUAUAAAUAUACAUUCAGUCCAUUGGGAAAAAUUAAUAUGCAAGACUAGCACUGCAUACAACAGCUCCAAUAAUUUCCUACAAAGAAAGCAUUGUUAUUUGAAAACUUAGAACCUACUUCCUGCAGAAGUCAGAUCACCUGUAGAGAAAAUUAUAUGCAUUUUAAGAUCAGAUGAUAUGGAGAGGAGGGGACACUAAUCAUGCACAACGUGUUUAUUUUAAAAUUGUAUAUGCUACAUUUCUUCAUUCUUAAAAACGGCAAGUAAGCAACACAUGCGGUUGUGUCAUACUGCAAAAUCAGUUUAGCAUGAAAGGAAAGUGAUGAAGAGCAUGGGGCAUGCUUUAUGAACCUUUUGCUCAUGAAUCCUUAAAGAGAUAAUGUGCCUGAUAAGAGUGGGUCCUGUCUGAGAGGAGGCGCUCAUUAUUAGCUACCAUUAUCUGGCACAUGGUAUGUUCCCUUCACUCAUGAGCUCUUUAUCCUUUAUGUAUGCAUGGGUUAUAGUAACUCUUUAGAAAACCGAUGGCUACUCACUGAGAAAACUUAUGUAAUAAUCCAAUGAUAUGGCACUGUAAGAACUCCUCAAUGGACUGCAAUGCACCUCCUGAUUGGCAGAGGGUGACUUUCCAUACUCAUACUGAACUCUGCCACUAGGCCUGACUUGUUACACCUAGGUUUUCCUUUAUUUAAAGUUGCCUUGGGCUAAGUCGAGCAGGAGCCGGAGGUAAGUGUUCCUGCUGCUGCGCAGCUGGUUUGGCGCUGCUGACGGACUUGGAAGAAGGCCAGGGUAGUCCUACUGAAAGCUACUCAGUAACAGCAGUGGCAGGCGAACCGGCACCGGGAGUUGGGACCAACGUUUUGCCCAGGCCAGAGGGUGUGGCUCACAAUGAGAGAUCAUCACUGCCCUAGGUUGCACAAAUUAUUGGGACUAUUACACAGGUUUGCCUGAGACCCAAGCUAAUACAGUCAGUCUGGUGGUGGUGGAUAGAUUUUCUAAAGCAUGUCACUUCUUUCCAUUACCCAAACUUUUCACAGCAAGCCAGACUGCAGAGCUCCUGCUAGAGCACGUGUUUAGAAUUUAUGGCUUCCCCAAAGAUAUGGUCUGAGACACAGGGUCUCAGUUCACCUCCUGGUUCUGGAAAGCAUUCGGCCGCUUUAUCGGUUCUGACAUCAGUCUGUCAUCCAGCUUUCACCCCCAGUCUAAUGGGCAGACAGAAAGGGUUAAUCAUGAGAUAUAAAAGACUUUGAGAUGGCAGCAGACAAUCAAACCACAUGGAGCUUUUGAUUAGUCUAGGCAGAGUUUAAAGAUUCAGUAUCUGGUUGACUGAGAGGGUUACCAUAUAUGGAUAUGGAUUCACAUAUUCUGGAACCGACAAUCAUUACGGCCUUUGGUCGCACCCAAAGACUCCAUUAAGGCAACGUCAGGAGCUAUUCCUAGAGCGGAGACUCCUGUAAGAACUCCUCACUAGACUGCAAUGCCCCUCUUGAUUGGCAGGGGACAACUCUCUCCAGACUCAUGCUGAACUCUGCUACUCAUUAGGCUUGACUUGUUACACCUGGGUUUUUUCCCCUAUUUAAACAGCCUUGAACUAAGUCUUAUUGUUCACUCUUGAGCCAAUGUUACCUAUUGUCUGCUGCAAGCUAAGUCUGUGCAGUUCAUGGUUUUUGGGCCCUUGUGUCUGUUUGAUUUUCUUUUUUUCCUUUACUGUUGCUCUUUUUGUUAGUAAAGACUGUUGUGGAUUAUCUCUACCUCCUUACCUCGGAUUCAUUACUCAGUGACCUUAUACAUGAGAGACCCGGGUUUGACUCCCACCUAAGGAAGCCUCUUACAGGCACAAGGCAUGAGAAGGGGAGGAGUAUCUGUAUAAAGCUGGUGUAUUUCCCACAUGAUUUAGCAAUUAAUUUGCCCAACACGUUGAAGUCUCUUCAGUGGUGUCAGAUGCAAGGUUCAAGAAGCCUUGGAUAAGCAGUGAACCCUACUAAUCCCAAAAGCCAGUGGGCUAAAGGACUUUGUAACAAAUAACCACCUGGGUAAUGCCUGACAAACAAUUGUAUGCAAAGGUUUAGAUACCUCUGGCCAAAUUACAUAUUUUAUUGAUUUUUGAAAUUGACUGUUGACAACCACUGGAGCAAAUUAUUAAAAAAAAUAUAUAUAUUCCUGCAGUAAAUAGUUAAUGCAUAGCUACAUUAAAUUUGACGAAUUACAAUCUAAACAUAAAUGAUAAUUGUGAUAUGCAAAAGUUUGGACACCAUUACAGUUGUAAAGUCCAAGAACUUAAUUUACUUGCAACAGUAUUUAUUAAUCUAAAAAGGUAUUUGCCCAAUGUAGGCUAGCCAGCAGUGAUCCCACAUGGGAUUUGUGUGGGAUGGCCACAGAAAUCAUUUUAGAUCAUUUUUGGGAUUUGUAUGGGAUAGCCUUUGCCCACACUACCCACACCUUGCCUAUAAAGAGCCAAUGUGGGCAUGUUUGCUGGAUUCCCUACCUUAUUAAUUAGGAGUAGGUUAUAAACAUACCUAACAACAGAAUAAUAAUAUAGUAACACAAUAGUGGGGAAAUGCAUAAUAAUGACCAGUAAAGUAAUAAUAAUAAUAAUAAUAAUGAUAAUAAUAAUACCCAGUGAAAAAAUUUGAAAGGCACCACAGAAUUAUAAGGAACUAUUGAGCUCUCUCUUUUCAAUAAGUGACUUAAGUGACUAAUUAAUUAUACUUUACAUGUUUCCCAUCAUUAAGUUCUUAUAUAGAAGUAGUUGAUGAGGCCAGACGCUUAUUCCAGUUAACUAGCUCGUUUUUAUUCAGAGGUCCGUUCCACUCAACACCUCAAUGUUGGGCAAUUGCAUUACUAUUAUUAAGGACAGUAAUGCAUUAUUAUAUUAUAUUAUGUUCAUUAUUUCAAAUUGAGUCCAUAUGUAUAUAAUUUAAUAUUUGUUUUGCAGUGAAUUCCAACCUAUGUAUGUGUGGCUAAAAGCACGUUGUGAUGACAUCACAUGACUCAUCUUGGCCCAAAUCUGUAGUAAUUUUGAAAAAUUGUUUGCCUGAUUUUGCGUUCAUUUCUGCGAUUGCAAAUGGCAAAAUCCUGGAGGGACUUGAUGUAUUAUAAGAAAUAUUAAAAUUAAAACCAGUUAUGCAAUUAGAAAGAAACUGCAACGACUGUAACCAAAUGUUUUUCAAAUAAAUAAAUAUAAAUAUAUAUAUUAUUUUACCAUAUCCCAAAGUUGUUUUUCAAUUCUGCCACUGCUGUUUAUUGACUUCACUUUUGAUGAUUUUAAUAAUGAUUUUGAUGGAGAAAAAAAAAAAAUGCUUGAGACAAUUUAGGAUCAAUGGAUGGGAAGAGGACUCCUCACCAAGAGCAACAGGAAGUGAAGGAAUAGCUUGCGGUAUUUACUGACAUCUUGUGGUGAAGAUGGUGAACAUCUCAGUAUUGUCAUACUAUAGAUCCGAAAAUUGAUGGAUUAUAAUUCUGCUAAUAAAGAUACCUAAAGUUAAA